GCCGCGCGGGGCCCCAUGGCGCGCCGGCUGCACGCGCGGGGGACCGCGGGCUCCCGGGCGCCGCCCGAGCCUGAGCCGCCCCGGCCCGCCGCGGCCGGGGACCCCGCGGCCGCCGCCGCGCGCGCGCUGCUGCGCUGGGACGAGGUGCCCGACGACUUCGUGGAGUGCUUCAUCCUGUCGGGUUACCGGCGCCUGCCCUGCACGGCGCAGCAGUGCCUGGCCUCGGUGCUGCAGCCCACCAACGAGACGCUCAACUUCUGGACGCACUUCAUCCCGCUGCUGCUCUUCCUCGGCCGCUUCGGCCGCCUCCUCCUCCCGGGCGGCGACCUGCCCUUCCACCACCCGGGGCUGCUGCCGCUCUGGUGCUACGCGUCCGGCGUGCUGCUGACCUUCGCCAUGAGCUGCACGGCGCACGUGUUCAGCUGCCUGUCGCUGCGCCUGCGGGCCGCCUUCUUCUACCUGGACUACGCGUCCAUCAGCUACUACGGCUUCGGCAGCACCGUGGCCUACUACUACUACCUGCUGCCCGGCCUGCGCCUGCUGGACGCGCGCGUCAUGACCCCCUACGUGCAGCAGCGCCUGGGCUGGCACCUGGACUGCACGCGCCUCAUCGCCGCCUACCGCGCACUCGUGCUGCCCGUGGCCUUCGUGCUGGCCGUGGCCUGCACCGUGGCCUGCUGCAAGAGCCGCACGGACUGGUGCGCCUACCCGUUCGCGCUGCGCACCUUCGUCUUCGUCAUGCCGCUCAGCAUGGCCUGCCCCAUCAUGCUGGAGAGCUGGCUCUUCGACCUGCGCGCGCGCAACCCCGCGCUCUUCGCGCGCUUCUACCGCCGCUACUUCUGGCUGGUGGUGGCCGCCUUCUUCAACGUCAGCAAGAUCCCCGAGCGCUUCCGCCCGGGCCGCUUCGACAUCGUGGGCCACAGCCACCAGCUCUUCCACAUCUUCACCUUCCUCAGCAUCUACGACCAGGCGCACUACGUGGAGGACGGGCUGCGCCAGUUCCUGCAGGCGCCGCCCGCCGCGCCCACCCUCUCGGGCACGGUGGGCUACAUGCUGCUGCUGGUCGCGUGCCUGGCGCUGGUCAUCAGGAGGUUCCUGCACCACGGCGGCCACGGCUCCCGCAACAAUCAUGAUCGCACUGACAUCCCGAGCAGCAGAGCUGAGCCACGUCUGAAGGCGGAGGCGUGGGGACGACUCGGGCUGGUGUUGUUCCCUAAAGGGGCUCCCGGGGAGCCCGUCCUUCCCACUGCUCCCACCUCAGGGGAAGAGACCAAGGUCCCAGACACAGAGGAAGUGAGUUUUCAGACCCCAUCACGAGUCGCCACAUCACUUGACUUCCUGUGCACAAAGCUGAGAGGAGACAGGCACAGACGGAGCCACUUGCAUCCAUAAGGGACACAGGGUCCUGAGGGGCCCAGGGGACAGAGUCAAGUGUUUGGCUUCAAAUUCAGAAAAGAUUUUGUUUAGGAGAAGGGGAAGGAGUGGGGGAAAAGGCAGGAAGUC